AUGGCAACUCCUUCAGCCAAACCCGGCGCAACGCCAACUCAUCUCACCACUUCUCCACACCCCUCCUCCGCACCCCUUCGAUCAAUCGCUCAUAAAUCGCCCUCAACACGAACUCCGUCAGCCUCGGGACCUGGCCAUGCGCCACAAAUCAGCGUAUCCUCACAUCAAUACGCUACACCUCUUGCAGUGACAAGCGCCGUCGACGACUCGGUCAAUUUCAGUUCCCCGACAGCACUUCUCGCACUCGGUGGCUACACUGGCAUCAGCCCGUCGCCUGUUGUGCACGAUAGCCUUGUCGGACCCAGCAUGAGUGAGAAUGAUAUCCAGACUCUAGGAAUGCAGGGUAUCAAGCUUGGCGGGGUGCCGCGCGAUAGCGAAGAGGAGCAGAAGCACCGGAUUCAGGAGGUGGUGCAGACUCUUCGAGCGCGCGUUGCAGGCAGAGGAGUGUCCCGGGAAGGCAUCGAACGACUGAGCCGAUUAGAAGGAUUUGAAUCGAUUUGGCAAGACAACGACAUCAACAUCGCCGGGAAUUUUGUCGACCUGGAAAUCGAAUUCUACGCCGGUCACGAUGUUGUCAAAAACGUCAGUCUGCGAUAUGCGACACCCGAAUUUACAGAAGGCGAACGACGAGAUGAAGCGUCUGCGGUUCUGAAGCGGAACCUCGUACAGCCGCUCGAGGACGUCGAACAUGGGAGAUGGAGGUGCCUCCAAGGGUUUCAUGAAAAUCUACACUGGCUCGCAAAGCUCGACAAGCUCAGUCAAGAAGUCAAUUGCUUCGAAGCUCUGGAAGGCCUGGAAGAGAAUCUUAAACGGGUCUGGGCCGAGGAAGGAAAACGUGGGAAAUACGACGGCGAAUACGAGCACCUCUGCGCUGGAGUCAUUGGACGCCCAAGUAUGCACAAGGGGUCCCGAGUCGGUCUCGGCCUGGAAUACUGGGUUGAGCAGGCCAAGGUUUUGGACGCAAAGCAGCAGAAAAUCUCGCCCGACGCGAUGGUAGUCGACCAAGACCAGACCAACGGACUGGACGAGCAGCAAAAGUUAUGGACCGUCAUGAUCGAAUGCGAAGAAGGAUAUCCAUCUCUUCGUAUAUCGAAAGAGUGGGUGGGAACCGAAAUCUUUACAACAGGGCAAAAUAGCGAUUCGGCACCCAGUUCUGGCUCUACAGAGACAGUGAACUGGCUUGAACCUCCGCAAACCAUGCGAUUGUCUCACGGUGACCAUGACCCCAUGGCUCUGGACUCUAGCAUGCUCGAGUCGACACCUCCAAACCGUCGUUUCGUCGCGAAGCUUGACCCCCCCCUGGAGCUUCCGAUCCUUGCAGCAUCGGAAAUUUACCGCCAUUUAGGAAUGCAGCUACCACAAGAGUUCAAGAUGGUCACAUAUGACAAUCUUAUAAUCUCGGAAGGGUCACAAUUGGAUUCUACACCGCAGCCUGGUCGGAGGACGCGCCGGAUGUCGGUACAGGCAUUUGAUUCAACCGGCACGCCCUGCACGAAUUAUCAUAACUACACCUUCCAAGCAUUUGAGUCAGUUGCUGGUCGGACUAUCCGUGAUCUUCCCUUCUCGCAUCCUCGACAACUCGCCGAUAUCCUCCCAGUGUUCCGCCAAUAUGCUUUGUUGGCGAAUCUGAUCCGAAAAAUUACCCGUGGCUCUACUAAGAGUAAGGAUGAUAAGCGAGAGCCUUCAAGAGGGGCAUCAGUCGGCGCUUCGGCUUCUGCCAGCCAAAAGCUAUCCUUUGCUGGUCAAAGUGAUAUCAUCACACUCAGCAACGACGACCCCAAUGAGGAGAAGUUGAGUGCCCUGCUUGGCGAUGGAUUCUCGACCGCCUUCACAACCAUCGCUUCCAACGCUUCUCCGUUCCACAGCGAAGAGUAUCUGGACGACGUCAAGGUGGACGUAACGCUACGAACGCAAAUCGGUCAAUCUCCGGCUUUAAUGCUGCUCGUCACAGACUCUAGCAACAACGCCGAAAAGGCCGUGCGCGAGCCAGUCCAAGUAACGAUCUGUGUUGAAGUUGGCCUCAACGGGCGUAUUACGGUUGUCGACGUGACCGAGCUGAGCGCACAAAAGGGUGACGGCGGCGAUGCGGAAAUGCAAGGGACAGAUGCCGCCGGACCAAAGCUGCAGGAUAUGCAUGAGAAGAUCGCCAGGGUUCUGGAGAUCUCGCAGGACCUGGGGAUCCUGGUCGAGUGGGUCCUGCGUUGGCUGCGGCAGCGGGCCGGUAGCGGGUGA